CCCGCUGCGGCGGAUGAGGAAGACUCUGAGGCCUCUUCGGCCUCCCAGCCAGCCCCGGCCCAGGAGAUGAAGAAGAGGAAGAAGGUGGCCACCGCCGCCGACGGGGACAGACAGUACCCCUGGGGGGAUGGACACCAAGAUACAAUGGCGCGCUUUUGGCUGACACACCCGAUCUUCUACGAUAAAGCCCAACAGCACUACAAGAACAAAGAAAUGAGGAAGCAGCUCAUGCAGGACUUGAUUCAAAAGAACCACAAGGAGUGGGAGAAGAUCCUCACCCCCCUGCCCACCGUGGUCCAAGUGGAUGCACAUUUGCGCAACAUGCGCACCAGAUUUGUGAAGCUGCUGAAGCGUAAAUCUGCUGCCCCCGCGCUGACGUUGUCCUACAAGGAUCAGAAGAUCUGGGAGCGCUACCAGUUCCUGCGUCCGUACAUUCAGCGCAACCGCACCACAGCAACACACUGUUUUCCUGGCGUGCAGUCCAGAGGGGACGCUGCUGAGGAUGACAUUGAUGAAGAUCCCAGUCUUCAAUUGAGUCAGCGGGUCGGAUUGGGCGGUCAGCUGCCCUCCAGCUCUCAGACGCCGCCAAAAGGGAAAGGAAAGGUCAUGAACAGAAGACCUCUCACUUCGCCCACGCCAUCUACUGGUCCAGACAGCGAGGACGUGUCUGAGAUGGAGGUAAAAGCCAUCUUUCCUAAAAGCCAAAACUUUAAAGAUGAUAGCAACCUCAUAGUUCUAGUUAUAUUUUUCUGUUUGUGUCUUGCUUCCUCCUCCUCCUCCUUCUCAUUUUGCACGUAUGUGCAGCAAAUACUGCAGCAGGCCAAGGACCUGAUCUCGAGCAUCAGGGCUCCAUCGCGCAGUGAGCAUGAGAGGAGGGUCAGGGACUUCAGCAGGUAUAUGGAGUCAGAGAUGCUUCUAAUACCAGAGUCCUUAUGGGACGAGUGCAGCUUCUCCAUCAUGAACGUGAUCCGAGGCUUCAAGACGGCUCAGAAGCAGGGUCACCUGGCCCUGUCGCAGCAUCAAGCGUACCAGCAGAGUUUUGGGAGCCAGUCGUACCAGCAGCCACAGGGGGGGUAUUCCACACAGACUGGCAGCUUGCAGCCUCAUAGUGGUACCUUCCAGAAUCACCAGCAACCGGGCACUUUCCACCAACAGAGUGGGACCUUUCAGUAGCUGCAGCCGCUGUGGAACGGACCCACCGUGGUCAGCAGUUCCGUCUGGACGCCAGCUGGGGCAAACGCUUGUGGACUUUGGCGUUCAUCCCGUGAGGAAGAGGAAGACUACGGCUGGAAUCGGCAAAUGUGUGGCCAACCCCAACAGCUGCUAAGUGGGCAGAGUUGAGCAGGACUCAGACUUGCUUUGUAAUUUUUUUACAGCUUGUCUAUUUGUACGCACUGUUUGCACUUACAAAAUAAAAUGUGCAUUGAAGUGAGAAGCUGA